CAGGCGAUCCAGUGCAGCAUUCCCGUUUCCAAACGCACAGAAACGCUGCUUUUACAUCGCGCUACCCUAUCCAGACAUCGAAACCGGUGGGAACACGCUGGUAAACAAUAAACCCCCAAACAUGUCCGUGGGCAAUGACUUUGGAAACCCUUUAAGGAAAUUCAAACUCGUCUUUCUUGGAGAGCAAAGCGUGGGGAAGACGUCCCUGAUUACACGCUUCAUGUACGACAGCUUUGACAACACGUAUCAGGCUACAAUUGGAAUCGACUUCCUGUCAAAAACCAUGUAUUUGGAGGACAGAACGGUUCGGUUGCAGUUGUGGGACACAGCAGGGCAGGAACGUUUCAGGAGCCUCAUCCCAAGUUAUAUACGAGAUUCUACUGUAGCUGUUGUGGUGUAUGACAUCACAAAUAUGAAUUCAUUCCAGCAAACUACCAAAUGGAUAGAUGAUGUCAGAACAGAGAGAGGAAGUGAUGUCAUUAUCAUGCUUGUGGGCAAUAAAACAGAUCUGGCAGAUAAGAGGCAAAUCACGAUUGAGGAAGGCGAGCAGCGAGCCAAAGAGCUGAGCGUGAUGUUUAUCGAGACCAGUGCUAAGACAGGCUACAACGUCAAACAACUGUUUCGACGUGUGGCAGCUGCCCUUCCAGGAAUGGAGAGCAUGCAGGAGACAAGCAAAGAAGGCAUGAUUGACAUUAAACUGGACAAACCACAGGAACCUCCAAAUACUGAGGGCGGAUGUUCCUGUUAAUAGCUCAUGUCUGACCUACAGCAUCAUUUUCACCACAUGCUUGUUGUGUUGCUUCCUCUUGGUUAGCUUCCAGUUGUGUUUUCGGAUUGGAUAUAUGGCCUUCACGUCUGACUUUCAGUAACUGGUUGGAAUCAGUGUUACAUUAAUUUAAAUUGUAAAAUAGUAUGCUUUAUUAACAAAUUGCCAAAAAUCGUAAAAAUUUGAAAAGCUUAGGGCAAAAAUCUACAAAAAUCUCUACUAUGUCCAACAUGUAUACUUUUUGAAAAUGUAGAGUAAUUACCACCCCCCCCCCCCCCCCUUAUUUUGUAUUUUUGUAUUUAAGGAAAAGCGCUAAAACAGAUGCAGACAAGAAAUUCUAUAAUUUUGCCAUAAAAAGCAGAAUUAAAGCAAAGAGAUCAAAAGCAAGAGGGCAAUUUAAACAAUAAUUAACAUACUGAAAAUACAGCAAGCAUGCAUGUUAGCCAUUUUUAAAAGUAUCAUCUCAGUCUUACUGACUGCUGUGCACAAGGACAUGUGAAUGCUGACGUCAAUGUGUAACUCAUCAAAAUAACGUAAUUUUUUUUUUCCUCUUCUUUUUUUUGCUUUUUCUCUCUGUGAAACCGAACUCAAAAUUCAGGCAAGGAGUUUCAGGCAAGGUUUUUGUUCAUCUGAGUUUGUGUAAAUGUACUCAUUUGUGUCAUUUCAGAUCCCCCACAUCUUUGCCACAUUCAUGAAUCUGUUUUUUAUGUUUGUGUAAUGUUUGUCAUAUUUAUUGAGUUCAUGAAUGUUUACAGCAUAUUUUUAUGAUUUCCUGUUUGCAAAGGAAUUUAAGCAAACACUUGCAUCCAGUGGGCAAACUUAACAAGGAAGGUUCCUUCCUCUUCUGUAGAAUGUUUCUUAAUCUUUAACUGAAUAGUUAGGAAAUUUAGUGUAUCGCAGAUAGUCGAAAGACAUGUGACAGAGGAGCAAAUCAUGCACAUCUAAAUUUAGUUAAUUAUAUUUAAUUGAUUGGCAUAAUUAGUUUGCACCUUAGCCAUUUCCACACUGAUUCUUUGAACAUAGACAAAUGCUACUGUAAAAAUAUCGACUGACGUUUUCAAACAUGCGUUAUCAUCAGAAAUUCAAAGAUGGGACAUUCCUCCUAAAAUAACUGUAGUUCACUUUUAAGAGUUGGCAUUAUGCAGCAUUAUAUUGUUUGCCUUGUGUAGGGACCCACUUAUGUCUACAGCUGCUCUUUGGGCCAGUAAAUUAUAGUGCACUGACCAGGGGGACACGCGUUGUGUAGUAUAUCAAUUUGUUUGAAAUGUAUUUCUUGUGAAUCUUUAAUGCACUUUUUCAAGAAAAUGUAAAUGUUUCAAAAUUGCUGUCAAAUGUCUGUCCUUGAAACCACUUUAGAGGUAAAAUUGUAGCGUACAUCUCUGUGAAAACCCCGAGGGUCACUGUACAGAUAAACUAUUUGUAAAGUUGCUUUACAUAAUGGCAGAUACGAGUUGAGACUAGCUUUUUGUGACGGAGAGGAAGCGUUGGAGUGCAUGAAAUAGAUGCAUAUAUGUAUGAUGUUUGUGCCAGGAAUGGUACCACAUAAAGCAAAGUUUAUGUUGAAUACCAGUUUAUUUGUAUUAAAUCCAUCAGCAUUUUGUUGGAAUGGGAUACGAAAAAUUAUGCUGGAAUUGAUUGACUGACUCAUCCAUCACAGUAAAACCCUUCCUUUUUGCCUAUGGAUUUGACUGUCUCUGUUUCAUAUGCCUGUUCUGCUUUUAAUGCAUCUCUCAGUUGCCCCUUUUAACCCAUAAUAUAGAAAGACAUGAAAAAGUGUGGCCAAACACUCCAUAGAAACUUUAAAUGGAAAGUCAGACUUUGUGAUAAUCUGGGGUUGUCACUCCUAGUAUCGAUUUGUCUGUGCCAGUGCCUUCUCCGUUCAUAGAGAAGUGCAGAGAGAUGCCACUUUAGCAGUUUAUCAAUGGCUUUGAGAAUAUGAAAACUGGAUGGAGGUAUUUAUGGUUGACUGGUGACAUUUUGUUAUAUUUCCUUAAGUCAUUUUCACUUGGUUGUUAUCUUUUGAAAUGAGGUUCUCAUUUGGAUUUAAAUGGGGUGCAGAUAUGCUUCAUGUAUUGAAUCAUAUCAUUAGUGUACCUGUAAUACCAGUAGUCAUUGUGAUAUUGACACAACGCUAAACAGCCUCGGGUGAAUGUCUACGCGUGAGUUGAGUUAUGCUUUUGAGGGUGCAACUAUUCCCAGUGUAUAUGUUUUAGCUCAGUGGAGCCAGCCUGAUUGAUUCAGAGAUAGCGGUUCCAUUCACACUGUAUAGAAAUCUAGCAUGUCAGUCUAAAUCAGUAAAAUCAAUAAAAUGUCUUAUUACCAAAAA